CCUUUCAGUGUGCGGCCAGGCGGCUGCAGGAGGAAGGCGCAGGCUUUGGAACCCGGAGAAAAGAGACAAGGAGAAAGUGGGGAGCUCCCCUUUCUCCUGUAGGGGGACACUCUGGUCACCAUGGAGGACGGUAUCUAUGUGCCUCCAGACCUGACGCCAGAGGAGAGGCUAGAAUUGGAGAAUAUCCGGCGGCGGAAGCAAGAACUCCUGGUGGAAAUCCAGCGGUUGCGAGAUGAGCUCAGCGAAGCCAUGAACGAGGUGGAGGGGCUAGAAGCCAAUGAGGGAAGUAAAACUCUUCAGAGGAACCGGAAGAUGGGGAUGGGCCGUAAGAAAUUCAACAUGGAUCCAAAAAAAGGAAUCCAAUUCCUGGUAGAAAAUGAGUUGCUGCGUUCCACUCCUGAGGACAUUGCCCGCUUCCUCUACAAAGGGGAAGGGCUCAACAAGACGGCCAUUGGCGACUACCUGGGCGAGCGGGAGGACUUUAACAUUGCCGUGCUCCACGCCUUCGUUGACUUGCAUGAAUUUACUGACCUCAACCUUGUGCAGGCACUCAGGCAGUUCCUGUGGAGUUUCCGAUUGCCAGGAGAAGCCCAGAAGAUUGACCGUAUGAUGGAGGCCUUUGCUCAGCGGUACUGCCUGUGCAACCCAGGGGUCUUUCAAUCCACAGAUACCUGCUAUGUCCUCUCCUUCGCGGUGAUCAUGCUCAACACCAGCCUCCACAACCCCAACGUCCGCGACAAGCCCACGGUCGAGAGGUUCAUCACCAUGAAUCGCGGCAUCAAUGACGGUGGAGAUUUGCCUGAAGAACUGCUGCGGAACCUGUACGACAGCAUCCGUAACGAACCCUUCAAGAUCCCCGAGGAUGACGGGAACGACCUGACACACACUUUUUUUAACCCUGACCGCGAGGGCUGGCUCCUCAAGCUCGGAGGGCGAGUGAAGACGUGGAAGAGACGCUGGUUCAUCUUGACUGACAACUGCCUCUAUUACUUUGAAUACACUACAGACAAGGAGCCAAGAGGAAUCAUCCCACUGGAGAACCUGAGCAUCCGGGAAGUGGAAGACCCACGGAAACCAAACUGCUUUGAGCUCUAUAUUCCCAACAACAAAGGCCAGCUAAUCAAAGCCUGCAAGACUGAGGCAGACGGACGCGUGGUCGAGGGGAACCACAUGGUUUACCGCAUCUCGGCGCCUACGCAGGAGGAGAAGGACGAGUGGAUCAAGUCCAUCAAGGCUGCCGUGAGCGUGGAUCCUUUUUACGAGAUGCUGGCCGCCCGCAAGAAACGGAUCUCAGUGAAGCAGAAGCAGGAGCAGGCAUGAGGUGGGGAUUCUCCUGUGCCGACCCUUUUCUCCCUGCAGUGUACCCUCCUGCAUCUCCUCUUGGACCUGCUGACAAAGCCCACCUGGGUUGAGCUCCAUGAAACCAACCCCGCCCUCUUCCCUCUUCUGACCGUUGGACCACCCCACGGCUUUGCCAACCUGAUGGCAGGCCAGCACACCUGAUGCCCCCUUCACGUCUCCAGAGCUUCCACUCUCCCCGCCGGGAGUCGCCUGUGGGCCUGGCCUUGUGAACUGUGUCACAUGGUGGUGUCUGCAGACUAUGGGAGCCUCCUUCUCUAAGCCACUCUCUUGGGCCCUCAUCGGAAGCAGGCAGACGGCUUUGAAGUCUCUCUACUGACUCCUCACCAUGGCUAUGACGGCUACAAACUUGGGCCAUGUUAAGAGAACUUUUCCAGCUCGACUGGGCCUUUUGAUUAUACCUGUUUAUGCCUCCCAACUUAAGCCAAUCUACACAUUCAGAAAAAGAAAGUGGGAAAGCCCUCUUAGGACUGUACCACUUCAGAAUGUGUGGGCGGAGGGGAUUUCACUGGUCCACUACAUAAAACUAGCGCCCUGCAAGCCUAAACCAAGCACAUCAGGGAGUAAGCUAGCAUGCCUUUCUGACAUGCUAGGUUUCUGUGUUUGGGGAGUUUUUGAGCUUGGGGAUCAUUCAGUCACUCAGUUUUUUCCUCAGAUGCAUCUUGAUCUUAGUACAGUCAUGGGAGUGCUAUGCCACAUACUUUUUCCUGUCCCUUAGAGUCUGUUGCCAAACCAGCUACACUGUGCAUACACAGAACCAGUAUUGUGGCUCUGACCCAAUAAUAUGAAUAAGGGCUGUGCCCCGUUAUUUAGGAUUUGCUCUACAAAAGGAAGAGAGCAUGCCGACGACCAGCAGGGGGCAGCAGGGAGCCAACUAAUGCCCACACACUGACCCAAUUUUGAACGUUAUUCCGAUCCUCCAGCAAGAAUAGCCAGCACAUACGCAGAACUGACAGCUCUUUAUUCUUCACAACCAGAGUUACAAACCCCCUCAGUCCGUCUUUGCUGCAAUCUUCAAGAAAUCAAACCACUUCCCCCCCCCACCUCCAAACUUUUGCAGAUUCAACGGAACAUUGUCUCUGAGACUGAUUAUUUCCUUGUUUUUUCUCUGAAAUCCUUCUCUUCUGUUCGAGCUCUACCAUCAAAAGAUGUGGGGCUUCCCUUUCGAGUUAAUGCAAGAUGUUUCCAUUGCUUUACAAAGGAAUCCAAUUGAGAACUUUGACAUUAUGCUGGUAGAACGCUGCGGCUAGAAUCUGCCCUGAAUCCAGUGCUAAAUGUGGAGGAUGGAUAUUGAGAGAGUUUUGCCUAGACAGUACUGACAUUAAAAGCAACAUAUGUGCGCACACAAUAUUUUCUUCCAAGGUUCAGACUUCUGAUCUGAAACCAAGAGGCUCUUCCUUAAUGUUAAUACAGAUGAGCUACCCCUGAAUCCACUUUAACCUCUUGUAGCUAGACAUUCAGAGUGGUUAAAGGUCGGAUCUCCCAAACUUUUUCAGUGCCUGUUGAUGUGUGCAGCAGGGAAUCAAAUCUACGUUGAUUGAUAUAAGGUCAGAAAACAGGUGGUAUGGUUUCCAAAUAAGUUAACCCAGAGUAAGACGAAGUUCUAGUCUCUACAGCAACUAUCCACGUAGCUUUUAAAUUCUUGGGUAGGAUAAUGUACCUCCAUUUCACGCAAUUCUAACUCAAAAUCUAGUCUUCCACCAUUGCCCGUUUCAGGCAAUCCCUUUGACACAACAGCUCAGGUUCUGCAGGGCUUAUUGCAAUCCUGGAACUGAGCUUUCUAGAUCCACACAAAGCUCAUGUCUGCAGAGUGGUGAAGCAUUCGUUGCAAAAUGCUCAUGAGCCUGCAAAGCUCUCUGGCUGCAUCAGGCAUGUGGCCUUGUCGAAGUCCGUGUGCAUUUCAGUCUGGACAGUAUUCCCUGUCCUGGGAAGAAUAUCUGAGGACAGUAGCCAGUUCAAGUUCUUUCUUUAGGUUAAACAUGAAAUGAUCGUAGAUCUGGUUUAAUGCCGUGCAUCAUGAAUUUAGAAGAUUUGUGGUUUUGUCUUGGUCAAUCUCUGGGUGUGAGUGAGUGACAGCAAGCACUUACUACAUUUGGACGUAACUGCUACAAAAAGGACCAAGCUAAAUCAGAGCAUGAAUUUUGUCAAUCCGAAUUAUAUUGACUAUAUUUGAGUUGGGUCUCUUCAAAUUAACUCAGAUUGGUUAGUAGGAUGGUAACACUAGCCAUCUUUAUUUCCUCAACAUUGUCUCAAAAAGCAUAUUAAUUCAACAAUUCUGCUUGACAGGUUUACCUCUUCUCCAUUUAAAUUAUUUCACUGCACCGUAAUGUCCUAGAAAUGCUCUCUUGCUUUGGGAUACACCUGUCCUUGUGCAUCCAUUUCACUGACCUGAAAUGAGGCCACAUCAUUUAGCCUAAUGCUGGCUUGUGGUGUACACAUUAAACCACUGACCCCAGGGCUCUUAGCUCUCCACAGCUUUCAUCACGAACCUGCUAGAUACUGUCCUCUUCCCAGAAAUCCCCAGAUUCUAAAAGUCCUCUUUUAUACGACUACCAUCCCAUGCUAGGGAACCGCAGCCACUAGGUUCAUACCCCCUUUUAAUACCCGUUGGGAUUCACUGCCUUCCCAAAAGUACUAGCCUAAUCUCCCUUUGAAAUAUAGAUGAACUCCUUCUCAAAGUCAAGACCAAACAUUUGACACACAUUUUUCUCAAUGCAAAUAGCUGCCAGGAGAGGGAACUGAAAAUUACUAGGAUGUGGUGGGGAUAGUUUAAUCCUUUCCUCACCUCUUGCAGUCAUAGCAAAAGAUGCUCCUUCCAAGCUCAUUUGGAGUAGUGGUUUUCACCAGGACUAGUGCAGGGGAGGAAAACAUUUAAAUGGCCUCUCCACUCCUGCUGCCAUCCUGAUCGUUGUCACAUGCAUGUACACCGCAGCUGCUGUUUGCCUUUUUUAAAAAGUUCUGCAUUUUAUAUGCAAAGAUUAUUAUUUAUUUAUAUAGUACCAUCAGUGUACAUGGUGCUGUACAUAGUAAAAGAAUAGAACAGCAACACCCUGCCACAUAGGCUUACAUUCUAAUAAAAUCAUAAUAAAACAAUAAGAGAGGGAAGAGAACGCACCAAAUAUGCACAGGGGACAAUAAAACUAACAGUGUGAAAGUAAGAACAAAGGCAAGUUCUAAAAGCUGUAGGGGGAAAAAGUUUUCAAUUGAGCUUUAAAAUCAGGACUUGAACUCAUGAUCUGCAGAUGCAUUUCAGAUCACACCAAGUCCGGCAUGCUGUCCCAUUUUCUUUCCUGACAGGUUAACCACUUCUGACACAAACACCCUUCCCCAGAAUCCAAGUCUUAUUUUUGGAACUUGGCAAGUUCCCCAGGAGCUCUGGAAAACUUAACUUUCAAAACAUCUGGAACUGACACAAUUGAAAGAUGGGACUGUUGGAAGAAUCCCUUCUUACUGCCUUUCAGGAUUAAUUCUUCAGCAAUAGCAAUGGUAAAACCCUCUCCUCCCUCCCCCCCCCCCACUCUAUUGUCGAUUUGCCUGUGUUGCAGGACUGGGGAGUGGGGGAACCUAGCAAACCCCUCACCUGCUCCAGAAGAAGAAAGCGAAGGAAGGGCAUUUUUUCUUGUUUUUAAAUCCAUUUCCUUUUAUGAUGAUGAUGUCUUUUUGUUUUUAAAGGAAAAAAUGUUAAUUAUUAUUUAAAAAUUUAAUGUAUGCAUCUCUGGAUGAUAUGUAAACACUACAGACUUGUCCUUGUGUGGCCGGAGUCAUUGUUU